AUGGCAGCAGGGGCCAUUCUAAAGACGACGGGGGCCGUCAUCGUCAUUUCCGUAGCUAUUUUCAUCGGCGUAGGAUUGUACUACAUGCUAACUGGUCAAGGUCACAGAUUUGAUAUUGGAUGGUUCCUGACUAGUACUUCACCACAUAUGUGGGCCGGCUUGGGCAUAGGCUUCUCCCUCUCUUUGUCCGUUCUUGGAGCAGGAUGGGGUAUCUUCACAACUGGUUCGUCCAUUUUUGGUGGUGGAGUGAAGGCUCCCAGAAUACGAACGAAGAACUUGGUUUCAAUCAUUUUCUGUGAAGCCGUGGCUAUUUUCGGUAUCAUUAUGGCGUUUGUCUUCGUUGGAAAAAUGGCUGUG